CAGAAACAGAGAGCUGAGGAAAAUCCUGAAAGAAAAGUCCCAUGAAAAGAUAAAAAAAUGAUGAUAUGCCAACACAAGAAAAAGUUUUCUUCUAGCCAGCACUGAACUACUGAACUGGUGGAAGAAAUUUUCUCGCGGAGUAACUGUUCUGCAGAUAAACAAAAGUACAGAAAAUAGUAGCUUUUUAGUUAUUAUGUGAAUAGAUAUCAACUUAAAUGAACUCCAUAUAAUGUCCAUGAUGUCAGAUUCAGAAGAAAAACUAGAUGACCUUCACCAGUCUAUUCUUAGUUUAUGUGGUGCUGAUGUAACAGUUAUUGAGGUUAAUAAUGACAGUCCAAGGAAGUCAAAAUCUCGGGAUAAAGAUAGUGAAGAAUCAAAUGCACUUGUUCCAGAUAUUGGGAAGUCACCAUCCAAGUCUGAAGGUUCCACCUUGUACAGCUGUUCUGAAUUUGACACUGUAGAUGAAACGUCCUGCUCUGAUGAUAUGUAUACUACAACUAGUGAAGAAAUGUCUGGCUGGAGCCCGCCAAAAUCUAUCGGUAAAAGUGAACUUUUACUUAUGCAUACUAUGGAUGAAAUAGAUGGAGAUGUUACCACGUUGGAUGGGUUAAAACAGAUUCAGAAUAAUACUAAAAAUAAAACUGAAAAUUUUGGAAAAGGGGCUAUGUCUUACACGCCAGCUUUAGGUUUAUCACCAAUUAAAGACUAUGAAAAAGAUCCAGGAUUCUUGCCAUCAGAGCCAGCCACACCUUCAUUUCUAGAUUCUGGUAAAUUCUCCAAGUUUGCUCAAAGUACACCUUUACAAGCAGCACUAACAAAAGUGGUAGCAUCAGACAUUCGAUCAGGACAGAAAGAAAACAGAAAUGAAAGUGAAAGUAAAAAUUUUGCCAAAUCAGGAAGUAAAAAGAUAUCCAUGUUCCAAAAUGAUGAAUCGGAGCUCUCUAAUAUGGAUUUUGAUGAAUUGCUCUCCGAUACAUUUAAAUUAUGUAAGGGAAGUGAUGAUGACUGGGAUGAAUUUUUACGUGAUACAAAAAUGCUAACAAGAAGAUCUCCGUCUUUUGACCAAGAAGUAAACGAGGAAGAUACGGAAAAGCAAAUUGAAGACAAAACAAGUUUAAAAGAAUGGAAAAUGUUGUAUGCCAACAAUGAUACACAGGGUCAGAGUGCUGAAAAACAGAAAACAAGCACCAUUUAUAAUACUCAAAUGGAUGAGUCACAACUUGACACAACAAUCAUCGAGAAAGAUGAAACACUAGAUUCUAAGAAAAGCAAAAUUUAUGAAAAUAUGUUUGACAUUUCUAAACAACAGAAGAAAAUUGAAACACCAGAUGAUAACGAAAGUAAAAAGGAUGAAAACUCUGGUGCUAAAGAAACAGUAUCAGAUUUAAAGGACAGUGGUGCUGCUCACAAAAACCUGUCAAUGUCAAAAGACUCAAAUCAAAGUUGUAUUCCUUCAACUUCAAAAUGUCCAGAUCAAAGCUAUAUUCCAGCCUCCUCUAAGGGUCAAGAACAUAAUUUAAGUAAAAUCAAUAUUGAAAGUUUUUUUUCCAAUGAAUUAAAGUCAAAAGAACAGGGAAGAUUUUCAAAUUUAACUACAUCAUUGUUAUCAGACAUUGAAAUAACAGAAGAUGAAUCUGAACAAGAUGUUUCAGAAGACGUUCUUGGAUUAAAUAAUUUUACAUACAGUGAAGCAGAUGAUAUUGAUCUAGAUGAUGAAGAUGAGAAUACACUUUUGGAUGAGACAAUCACUGACUUACCAGAGUCCAUAAAAAAUAAAUACAAAUUACAAGAACAGGUAUCUAUUUUAAUUCAAGCAGAUAAAACCAUUGAUCAAAACAAAACUGUUUGUGAAAAAGAUGUGACCAUUGCUCCCACUGAUGUAAAUAAAAAUUUAAUGAAAAUGUCUGAUGAUAAUAAGGAGAAAAGUUUGGAUCAGAUAGAAAAAGGAGAAAAGGUAGAUGGUGAGAUCAAAGAAACUGAGGUGAAGGUCACUGAUGAAGAACGACCAGAAAUUGAAAAAGUGACCGGUAAAAUUGACUACGAGGCUGAGAGGAAAUAUUUUGAUAUACAAAGCCCUGAAGUAAGAGAUAUAAUUAAUCAGUGGGAAAGCAAAGGUAUUCAGGAUCCAGAUACUAACUUGUCUUUUGCAUCAAACAUUCGCAGUAAGAACCACAGUAAAAAAGGAAUGCUUGAAGGAACUCAUUUAACAUGUAUAUGGCUACAGGAGUCUGUUGAUGCAGAAAAAAAGAAUUGCUCAUCACCAAUGAAAAAGAGGCAAAAGCUUGAUAGUGAGGCUCACACUAGACAAGAUAUAAUGAAUCUAGAACAAGAGUUUGAUGAAAUUCAAUUCAGACACCAGGCAAGCUUGAAUGGAUUACUGCAAGAAUGGGAAUAUGAGAAACAAAAUCUGGAAGGAAGAAAAAAACAGUUAAGGUGUAGACAAAUGAUGGAAAUGAAGGAAAAUUAUGUGAGGUUCAGAUUUGUAAAUAUACCUAUGUUUAAGAUGAAUGUAAUGAGAUUGCAUAAUGAGCAUUCACAACAGUUGAUGACAUGUAAGGCUAUGUGUGAUGCAGAACUUGAAAAAAUUAGACAUGUCUUUCAGAGGCGAGAGUUUGAUAUUGAACGAAAUUUUAAUCAUAGAAAAGCACAGUUAAGGUCUUUAAUUGAACAGAUUAAGCAUGUUAAAUCAGAUGGCAAGUAUGGCCACCAUGUUACUGCUCAAUUUGUUAAAGGACCUUGUCGGUCAAAUAAGCUCACUAGGUCAUUAGUAGAAGUAUAUGUCCCAGCAGCUGUAGCUAAGUGUAUUUUAAGGGAAGAUGAAACCUUUGAUUCAUAUUAUAAGUAUGCUUAGUAUUAGUCAUUCAAUACUCAGUUUUGAUAUCCAUAUUCAUAGUCCCUUUGUACAAUAUACAUAUGGUAUUUGUCCCUAUGUACAUGUACUCAAUGUUAAUGUACAGUUAUCGCAUACCACGGUCAUAUUGAUUUUUUGUGUACUAUCUGUCCUUGCAUUUAAAGAUUUAUAUUUGUUUGAGGUGCUCCAGUGAUUCUCUUUGCAUUUCUAUAGGUACAGUAGAUAUAUGAGCUUACAUUGUGAAAGUCUUUUCAUUCCACAGAUAGAGAAAUUUUCUCUUAGUGAAAGAUGCUUAACUUGUGGUCAUGUUUCAGCAAUUUCAGUUAAGGGAUUCUUUAUUUUUCAGAUGAAUUGUUAACAUACAAUGUACUACUCAAGUGUAUUGGGUUUUUUCUUCUUUGGUGCUAUUUGCAAUAAUGUAGAGGUGCAAACAUGUUCAUAAGCAUUUUAUGAUUUAAAAAAUUCAAAUGUAUUUUUGACAUUUGUUGAGGAGUUUCUUCAGCCUCUGAAAGUAACUUGUUCACUGUUGAUGUCAAGAUUUAAGGCUUUUGUGCAUGUUAUGUGUUUUUUUCUAAUGAAAAGUUCUGCAUUUCACAAUUUGAUAUUCGAAAUUUAAUAUUUUUAAUUUGUUAAAAAAUAUAUAGUUACACAAAUGUACAUGUACCUGUAUGACAUUGCUUUUGUGUUUAAGAUUGAUGCCAAUAUUAAAAUACAUAUACUUUACUAAUAGUCAAAAGCAAUAUCAUUGUUAAGUUUAUCAGAAUAAUAAAUUAGUCAUGUGUUAGUUUAAUAACAUAAUAAGUCUUUCUACAUGUAUCAUAUGUGUAUAUUUUAUUUUGUUCACAUUAAGCAUGUUAAGCAAUACCAAAUAGUAUCUGAUAAUUUUUUUUAUCAAACAAUUAUGUACAAACACAAAUUUUUGAUAUGAUGUUUUACCGUAUAAUUCUUUAUAUAUGUUGUGUUAUAUAAGGUUAUGUGGCAUUUUUCACAAAAAAUCAUAUGACUAAAAUUGAUUGUAAGUUAUACUGAAAUGAUUAUGACUUAGUAUUUUUUGUGAUAUGAUUUUUUUUGUGAUUUAGAUUAUACAGUUCUAAACUUAUGGCAAAUGUUUUGUUCUGUUUAACUCCAUUAUUUUGCCAUAGAGAAUACAUCCGAUCCAAAUUUAUCUGUAAGAUCUAGCUUUAAUACAAACGAUAUGGGAGCUUAUACAAUGUAUACUGUACAAUUUCUAGACAUGUAUAUUAUUUAGUAAUUUUUAAUGCUAUUCAUGAAAAUAUGACUGAGAUUUCUGAAUUUUACAGUAUUUACUGCUUUUUUGCUGUAUUAGAUAAUGCACCUGUUCUUUCCAUUUCAGAAUUGUUUGUUAUUUAGACUAAGUGUAUAAAAAUAGGUUAAAUAAUAGUUUGAAGCACAGUUAUUUGACAGGUUAAUGCUAAGUCUUCAUUUAGAAACACAAAUGUAGGUCAUGUAGGUAGUCACCUAACUAACAAACUACUGAUAAUGCAGAGUCCAAUAUAAAGCAUUUAGCAAUUCCAGCUAAAUCUUUGAAAACAUGUUUACUUGUUUAUAUUUUAAUGAGUAGACUUGUAUAUUUUUGAAAAAAAAUCAGUACAGGAAAUCCGUUUUUUUUUUAUUUUCCGUUCGGAGCAAUAGUGUCGCUAUGUGUAUAAUUAUUAUUUUAAGAGAUAUUUGUAAAAUUUAUUCAUAUAAGGCUAUACCGAUAGUUGUUCUGGAACAGGAUGUAGACUGGUUUCCUGUUACAAUAUAGAGCUGUCAGAAUAUUGUCACAUCCAACUGUUGGCCUUAUACAUUUUGGGUCCUUUUUACAUUAGCUUACUUUUUUUUUUUAUGAUUAAGUAAUGAAAAGUCCAUUCUUUUCUGACUUAAAAUGUAACUUUUUAUAAAUCUUAGUAAUCAAAAAGUUCAUUCUACUCAAACUUACAAUGUAACUUUUCAUAAAUCUUUCAAAUCAAAAAGUCCAUUCUACUCAAACUUACAAUGUAACUUUUCAUAAAUCUUACAAAUCAAAAAGUCCAUUCUACUCAAACUUACAAUGUAACUUUUCAUAAAUCUUACAAAUCAAAAAGUCCAUUCUACUCCAUCUUACAAUGUAACUUUUCAUAAAUCUUAGUAAUCAAACAGACCCAGAAUUGAUGCUUUUUAAUCGAAUAGUUCUGAUUUAUUUAUGGAUAUUAUGAAUCAGUUAAUCAUUUUGGCUUAGUAAUCACAAUCUUGUAAUCAUUUAAUCAAAAAGGACAUUUUACACUUUCAUAAUUUUUAGUUAUCAUGGUUAUCAUAUUAAUCAAUAAGUCCUGGAAUUGAUUUUUGAGGGCAGAAGGACUAUUUUUAGGAUGUCAAAAUUGGGCCUUUAUUUUUGGGGGAAUUCAGGACUUAUACUUAUUGGGACUCAUGAAUUAAUGAUUAAUUUUUAGGAAUCCUGGAAGCAAUGCUUUAUUUUUGGGGGAAUUCAGGAUUUUAGAUUUAUAACCAAUAUAUGUAUACUGUCAGAAAAUAUGUAAAAAAUAUUUGUAUGAGCUGAAGAAUCAAAGAAAAGUGAGUCUUUUAUUUGAAAGUUACUGUACAUAUUUCUGCUUUCUAUUGUUUUUUCAUGUGUUUCUUUAUAUACAUGUAGAGAAUUUUAAUCCAAAUAAUGUCUGAAGUGCCUAUUUGUUAUUUUAAAAGGAAGCUUAAUAUAAACUUAGUUUCUUUUCAAGUGUAAGAGGAUACACUGAUCGUGCUUUUAAAUAAAGAGUGCAUUAAUAAAGAGUGCAUUUUUCUACACAUAAACAAAUAUUUGAAGAUGAAAUAGGUUUCAUUGCCAAAAGGAUAUGCUAAAUAA